AACCGAUUCACUCGUUCCUGGACUAGCCUGUAAUUCCUAGUUUCCAUUAAGAUCCAAAAACUUCUUUUUCAACGUUCUAGUAAAAUCUGAUAGAUGGUAACCCUAAAACUCAAAACCCCAACAAUAUCUCUGGAGAAUCAAUCAAAACCCAUUUUCACAAAAUGACUCAGAAUCCCCCAAAUUCAAAAAACGCUGCAUUGCCCAAAUCAGAACCCUGUAAAGAUGAUACCUCCUUUAUCACAAAAUUCAACUACUUGGCCAUCUUCUUGGUGGUAAAGAAGGGUUUGGGGCCUUAUUUUGAAGAAGAAGAAAUGACGUCACUCCAGCUUGGGGAAGGAAAUAGAUUCCUUGUUUAAUUAGGGUCUCUCAGAAUAAUUUUGGGGAAAUUUUAAUUUCCUUUCUUCAACUCCCAGCAGGAAUCAACUAGCAGCUAGUAGCUCCAUCAAUAAUUCUAUAUAUUAAGUUAUGACGACAAUACAAUCCCUGCAAAUUGGUUGCGGCGGUGAGGAUACAACUGCCAAUACUACUAUGACAGUGAUGGAGAUGAAGAAUAAAAGAGCAUAUAAAAGAAAAGAUUGUGGUGGUGAUGCAAAUACUUCAACAAUGAUGAAGACGAAGAAAAGACCUUAUAAAAGAAAAGAUUGUGGUGGUGAUCCAAAGACGAAGAAGAAAAGAGCAUAUAGAAGUAAGAAGUGCCUUCCUCAUGAUUUAAUUGUGGAUGAAAUAUUAACCAGGCUUCCAGUCCAGAGCAGUGUCUGCUCUGGUAUCUAAACUCUGGUAUAACUCCAUUCAUAAUGAUCAUAAACGCUUUACUUCUUCUCAUUUCCUUCAGUCGCAGAAACAGCCCCAAGUUGUCCUUAGUCUUUUAAAUGUCAGGGAAGAAUGGAUUGUUAAAGAAGGUGUUCCUACAUAUGGAUGUCACUUUUUCAAAGUAACUAGUGGAGUGUAUGAUCGUGAAAAUGGAAAUGCUCUACAGUUUGAGAAGUCUCUAGGUGGUGGUGUUAGUCGUUAUAGAUGUGAAAUGGUCGGUUACUGUCAUGGUCUACCUUGUAUAGCUGCAAUGGAUAGAUACUUAACUGCAACUGCUUCCAUGAUUUCGGACCCAAACAGGAAAGACUUUCUCCUUAUCUAUCCAGCCGUCAGUGCCCCCAUCAUCUAUCAUGGAUUUGGGUUUGAUCGCUCAGCAAACAAAUACAAGUUGGUCAGUAUUUUUCGUACUUCUCAAAUCGAGCUUAACUUUGUGGUAUAUACAUUGGGAACCAAGUCAUGGAGAAACAUCACUGCUACAAGCACACCCAUAUCAGGUCUCGGCGGCGGUCCUGUUACAAAUAUAAGAGCGCCCCCGGAUAGUGAUAAAUCAGCCAUCUACUGUGCCCCUAGUAUUGGAUGUUUGGUUUGGAAGAUAAUAGCAACUUUGGGAGGAGCAGGAUCUAACGAUAUCGAGCAUGAUAACAGUAAUGCUGUUAGUAAUGAGAUGGAGAUGCUACUGUUGUUCAAUCUCCAUAAUGAGAAGUUUCAGUUCAUUCAACUGCCAGCUAAUAUUACAACCGGCGAGCAGCAGAAUCACUUACUUGUGGAUUAUCCUCAUCUGCUGGAGUUCAAGGGAUCUCCCUGUAUUGCGCUUGUCGAAAAAAUAUCAGGGAAUGGAAUUGUUUAUCCUCAUCGUUGCUGUGGUGAUCAUCAGGGUAGCGGUGGUAGUUGCUGUUGCUGUUGCUGUUGCUGUUGUAAAGUUCAUUUGUACGUGUUGAAGGAUAAUGUCAAGCAAGUGUGGGUUAAGGAGGAGAGUUUUGAUGUUCGUAUAAGUUCUACUCCCACAUGCUCAAGGAAGCUGGCACCAGAGCCCUGCUGUUUUUGCUUUAGCAGUACUACUACACCUCCUACCCGCAUCUACAGUUUCUCAGAUCAGAUGUUGCUUUACUGGUUCAAAGGAAAAUAUCUCCAAGUUUACAACUUACGUUCUGGAAAUCUUCAGCUUGUAAGGCCUUUUCGUCAUAGAGAGGAUGUGCUCUUUCGAGCUAAGAUAAAAGAACCCCGGCACAUCUAUAAUUCUGGUGAUAAUGAUAUUUAUUGCUCCAAUUUGGAUUAUCAGCUGCACUGUCAUGAGGAGAACUUUGUUUCUCUGCAAACCUUCAUACCAGAAGGAGUCGAAGAAGUUGAUGCUGAUGAUUUUUCUAAGUUAGAUUUGGAGCCAUGUUUGGGAUUCAUGUUUAUCUACAGACGCUCCAAAGUGUAUUAUCCUUUUUUUAGUUAGUACACAUAUGGUAACUGUCAUCAUUUUUACUAGAUUAAUCUAGUAGUUAAGUCUUGGAGUUAUGGGCAUACUUUGGUAGGAGAACAUGGAAUUAGAUUGUGGAUUAUAUUGAUGAGCAAAUCAGGUGAAAUCAUCAUAAAUUGCAAUGAAAUUUUAUGUUUGUCUA